AUGGGUGUUAUUUUUGGGCUCGUGACAUUUUUAUUAUGCUUUUGCAGUUUCUCAUCAUCAUUGCCAACCGCUUCGUCGUCGAAUGAGUUGAGUCGCGUGGUGAACGGUCAGACCAUAGACAUAUCGCAGGUUCCGUACCACGCUGCUAUACGGCGGAAGACCAGUGCGGGGUGGCUAUAUACGUGUGGUGCUACGGUUAUCACCACCAAAGCUUUGCUUACUGCUGCCCAUUGUGUUAUUACAACACAAUCUGAUCCGCUACAAUUCAGAGUAGCGGUGGGCACUGCUUCCCGAUCGAGCGGUGGAACCGUUUACGAUGUUAAGUCUGUCUUCAUUCACGAAAAGUAUUCCACUCUCACACUGGAAAAUGACAUAGCAAUGAUUGUGACGUCGAAGAAGAUGGUCUUUGACAAAAAUGUUGAUUCCGCUUUCAUUCCUGAACCAAACUUUGAUCUUCCAGUCGGAACUGCUGCUUUGGUUACUGGAUAUGGGAUGACAUCGUACGAAGGUUCAGCAUCUUCUGUGUUACGAGCAGCGACUGUAGAAGUGGUUGCUCAGGAUAUAUGCACUCGCGCUUAUCGACAAAUAGCUAAGAUAUCAGAGGGCAUGCUAUGCGCUUUCGCCAACAAUCCUCCUAGAGACGCUUGUCAAGGGGACUCUGGUGGUCCUCUGGUCACCCAAGGAACUCUGAUCGGUAUCGUCUCUUGGGGCGAAGAAUGUGCUAAUCUAUCGUACCCUGGAGUAUACACGAGGGUGUCACAGUACUACUCGUGGAUUAUCGACAAAUUAGCUGUAAUAUAA